AUGGCCGUGAACGGGAGCCUAUGUAGGCCAGUGUUCAGCAACCAACAGACUGUAGUCUUUAAUUUGGUUAUGCCAUUGAGUUGCGCCGCUGUGAGCUGGCUUGCAAGUUGCUCGGUUUUGACUGUCGCUCUUUUGCUUCGUAUUCUCGUGAUUCUGUCGAAUACUUCUUGUUUUAUCAAGUAUCCUUGGUCUGACAUUACGUAGUCGUGUCCACAGUCUUCUUUUGUUUGAGGGUCUGACGUGAACGAUAAGGCCAGAUCUUCUUUGGUCCAAAUUUUUUCGGUUGGGUAAUAAUCUCCGUGCCAAGUGGCGAGAUACGUGUACUUGCAUCUUACUUCCUCUGUGGGUUUCUUCCAGACGAUUAGUGAUCCUCCUUCGGUCGGGCAUUCUUCAUCCUCUAGUGAGCACUUGGCCAUGUUGUCGAUUGGCGAGUGAAGUGCUUCGGUGGAUGGAUCAAAAUAUAAUUUCUCUUCGGUUUGGAAACAGUUGGUUCGCUGACUAUGCUGUGUGGAGAAAUAACUGUAGUCUAUUGUUGGGCUGAAAUCGUUCAGGGUCCGUUUGAUUCCUUCAUUUGCAGUGAGCGGUCCGUAUUGGCAGUGGUUGGUCUCU